AUGGGGGAAAGAAAAGAGGAUAAUAGAAAACAGAUUGAAGGAACUGGAGACCAAAGAAGAACAAUUGGAGAAGAAAAUGACAAGAAUGAUACAACUGGAAGAGAAAGAGGAGCAAAAGACAAGAAGAGAGGCAGAGGAGUGGGAGGUAUGAAAACAGGAGUGAAGAAAAACAUCAGAAUGGAAGAAGUACAAAAAGAAACACAGGGAAUAAUUAGUUACAGUCUAGAAAUCAACGGAGAAAAAUGGAAAAUUAUCUCAAUUUACAAUAGAGAAGGAAAGAAGAAGACACUAGAGGAACUGGAAGAGAUAAUCAAAAGUGAAGGAUGGAAGAAAAUGAUAGUGGGAGGAGAUUUCAACGCUAGAACAGCAGAGAAAGGAGAACUAGUAUGGGAUGAAAAAGAGAAAAGAAGAGCAAAAGGAAGUUCAGUAAUAGACUAUGCAAUUUGUAACACGGAAACAUGGGAAGAAAUAAAAAGCUUCAGGAUAGGAGAAAGGACUGAAUCAGACCACCAACUGUUAGAAAUAGAACUGAAAGCGACAACAGAGGAAACAAGAAAUAGAGAAGAAGUAAAAGAGAUAGAGAUAGAAGAUUGGACAGAAGAGGGAAUAAAAAUAUACCAAGAAAAUCUCAAGAAGAGGAAAGCAGAAAAAGAAGAAAUCCAAGAAGAAUGGGAAGAACUGGCAAAAGAAAUCAGAAAAGCAAUAAACAAAAAGAAGGUCAAGAACAAAACACAAAAUGUAGGAAAGAAACCUUGGUGGGAUAAGGACUGCAGAAACAGCAAAACGAAACUGAACCGAUCUCUCAGACAAAUGAGAAGAGGAAACAUAGAGAGAACAGAAUUCAUAGAAGAAAAACAAAGACAUAACAAGCUCUGCGAAACAAAGAAGAAAGAAGAGAGAGAAAGAGAGCAGACCAAAAUCGCAGAGAUACAAAAUGAAAUAGAAAUAUGGAGAUAUAUAAAGAAAGAGAGAGGUCGACGAGAAAAGCCAGACGACAAUUUGAGGAACAACAAUUGA